AUGAGGGUGCUCUGUGCCUUCCCUGAAGCCAUGCCCUCCAGCAACUCCCGCCCCCCUUCGUGCCUAGCCCUGGUGGCUCUCUCCUUGGCUCUGUUGCUCCAUCUCUCUCUUUCCUCCCAGGCAGGACAUAGGAGACCCUUGCCCGUAGACAGAGCUCCAGGUUUGAAGGAAAAGACCCUGAUUCUACUUGAUGUGAGCACCAAGAACCCAAUCAGAACAGUCAAUGAGAACUUCCUCUCUCUGCAGCUGGAUCCGUCCAUCAUUCAUGAUGGCUGGCUCGAUUUCUUAAGCUCCAAACGUCUGGUGACUCUGGCCCGGGGACUUUCACCCGCCUUUCUGCGCUUCGGGGGCAAAAGGACCGACUUUCUGCAGUUUCAGAACCUGAGGAACCUGGCGAAAAGCCGAGGGGGUCCGGGCCCGGAUUACUAUCUAAAAAACUAUGAGGAUGACAUCGUUCGAAGUGAUGUUGCCUUGGAUAAACAGAAAGGUUGCAAGAUUGCCCAGCACCCUGAUGUUAUGCUGGAGCUCCAGAGAGAGAAGGCAGCUCAGAUGCAUUUGGUUCUUCUAAAAGAACAAUUCUCCAAUACUUACAGUAAUCUCAUAUUAACAGCCAGGUCUCUAGACAAACUUUAUAACUUUGCUGAUUGCUCUGGACUCCACCUGAUAUUUGCUUUAAACGCACUGCGUCGUAAUCCCAAUAACUCCUGGAACAGUUCUAGUGCCCUGAGUCUAUUGAAGUACAGUGCCAGCAAAAAGUACAACAUUUCUUGGGAACUGGGUAAUGAGCCAAAUAACUAUCGGACCAUGCAUGGCCGAGCAGUAAAUGGCAGCCAAUUGGGAAAGGAUUACAUCCAGCUGAAGAGUCUGUUGCAGCCCAUCCGGAUUUACUCCAGAGCCAGCUUGUAUGGCCCUAAUAUUGGGCGGCCCAGGAAGAAUGUCAUUGCUCUCCUAGAUGGAUUCAUGAAGGUGGCAGGAAGCACAGUGGAUGCAGUUACCUGGCAACAUUGCUACAUUGAUGGCCGGGUGGUCAAGGUGAUGGACUUCUUGAAAACUCGCCUGCUAGACACACUCUCUGAUCAGAUUAGGAAAAUUCAGAAAGUGGUUAAUACAUACACUCCAGGAAAGAAGAUUUGGCUUGAAGGUGUGGUGACCACCUCAGCUGGAGGCACAAACAAUCUAUCAGAUUCUUAUGCUGCAGGAUUCUUAUGGUUGAACACUUUGGGAAUGCUGGCCAACCAGGGCAUUGAUGUAGUGAUACGGCAUUCAUUUUUUGACCAUGGAUACAAUCACCUUGUGGACCAGAAUUUUAACCCAUUACCCGACUACUGGCUCUCUCUCCUUUACAAGCGCCUGAUCGGGCCCAAAGUCUUGGCUGUGCAUGUGGCUGGGCUGCAGCGGAAGCCACGGCCUGGCCGUGUGAUCCGGGACAAGCUGAGGAUUUAUGCUCACUGCACAAAUCACCAUAACCACAACUACGUUCGUGGGUCCAUUACACUUUUUAUCAUCAACCUGCAUCGAUCAAGAAAGAAAAUCAAACUGGCUGGGACUCUCAGGGACAAGCUUGUCCACCAGUAUUUGCUGCAGCCCUAUGGGCAAGAGGGCCUGAAGUCCAAGUCAGUGCAGCUGAAUGGCCAGCCCUUAGUCAUGGUGGACGACGGGACACUCCCAGAAUUGAAGCCCCGCCCCCUGCGGGCCGGCCGGACAUUGGUCAUCCCUCCAGUCACCAUGGGCUUUUAUGUGGUUAAGAAUGUCAAUGCUUUGGCCUGCCGCUACCGAUAA